AUGGAGCACUCCUCCGCCUCUCGUUCGCGCGCUGUCUCGCCUCGUGGCAGCAACAGCAACAUCAACAACAACAGCAACAAAUCUCCUCCGCGCGAGAAGCGCAAGCUCGAGUCCUUCCUGACCGAGUCCGGCGAGACGUGGGAGUUCACACGACCCGUCAAGAAGUCCCGUUCGUCCGGGCCUGGCAGUAACACCAGCACCAUCGCCCUGGAUUCCCCUACCCGUACCCAAAGGCCUUCUUUCCCUGCAACCUCGCCGACUCGCGGCAAGCGGUCUCGCGACCCGUCGGACCAGGAUACCGACGCUCAGUCCCCCUGGCCCAAGAGGCAGAUGACUUCGGUCACUGACCUCGGCGACCAUGCAGCUGCCCUUCGCAGGGCCAGUUGGCUAAGCUCUUCUCGCAGCAGAAGAAAGGGGGCUGCAGCAAGUAGGUCCCGCUCUCCCUCGCAGGGCGACCUACGCGGUAUGUUCGAUGCGGGCUCUGUCGCAGGUCAGAGUGCCGGCUCCGUGGAGUCCGAGGAGGAGCUCCCGGACUACGAAGACGACGACCACGAUGACGACGAAGAGGACACCGUCGACCAGCAUGCCGACAACAACCUGGACCAGUUGGCACCGUUCCAGGGGCCUGCCAUGACCCUGCCUCCAGCCAGUCACUACCAGGAGGGUCGGGAGUCGAGAAUGCCUAUGGUGGCAUCAAUUGAGACCGACCAGGACAUGGAGUACCAGGUCGGCUCGAGUCACCAUCAGGCAUUCAAGACUGUGGUCAGUGACGAGUACGCUGCCGUUGCUGGCAAUGGCGCCGACAGCGAUGUCGACAGCCCGCAACUGCUCCGAGGCAAGUUUGCUGGGUUCGCUCAAGCUGCCGCAACGGUUCAACACCGUUCCGAGGCACAGCAGCAAUCGGCGAGGGAGCCUGGAUAUACCAGUACCUCAGCCAACAGUCCUCGCCCUGUCACAGCUGUAGAUACCGCCAUCGUCGCCACCACCGAGGACUACGAGAUUGACCCAGCCUUGUCACAAGACGAAGACUAUGAGAUCGACCCAGUCUUGUUGCACGACGAAGACUAUGAAAUUGAUCCAGCCCUGUUGCAAGAUGACGAGUUAGUAACCUAUCCAGCCUUGCCGCAGGGAUACGAGUCAGAUAUCGACCCAGCUUUGUUACAAGACGACGAGUCCAACAUCGGAUCCAGUACCGAGUCUGUGGAAGCCGGCAACGUUCAGCGCGCUCUUUCACCAGUCCCAGAGCUCAUGGAGCCGCCAACUUCGCCAGUCAAGGAACUUUCGCCACCAGGAAAACGUUCACCUACAAUGUCUCCUACAAACUUACCAUCGACUACCAUGGUCGAGCCAUCACAGCAGCUUUUGUCCGAGCUCGAAAAGUACGCCAGCGACCGCAGAAACUGGUACGCAAAACAAGUGAAGCACGAAAGAGUGAACGAAGAGGAAGUCAAGGGAGAAGACGUCUGCGCACAGUCCACCCGCACCAGCCACAACCCACCAAAAAUCAGCCACAUCCCGCAACCGCAACCAGACGCGUCCAUUCCAACGACUCUUGCACCAACUUUUGCUUACACCGAGGAGGAAACUCAACACAUCAUGGCCGUUCACACGGCCGAAGGUCCCAAUGAGGACGGCAUUGAUCUCUGGCGCAUUUGCAUGGGAGAACUUGACGGUCCUAUGGAUGUUGACGACGAAGACGACCUUGCCGUCCAGGACUAUUCUCGCGAUGGGAUUCGCAAGGGACGCGACGAAGACAUCAGAAAGUCGAAAGCACUCAAUGAUGCGCGUCGCAAAUUCCAAAUUCAGCGCAAUCACUUCGAUGAAGCACCAGACUCUGCGUCUAUAGUUGAGGAAGAAUCAGACCAAGACGAUGAAGACCUCCUGUAUACCGAUCAUCUUCUUGCCAGCUCUGAUGACCAUUUCAAUGCCGAAAAGAUUCGCCUUCAGGCCGCGCUUGAGCAUUGGGAAUCGCCCUGGCCAAACCCAUCUACCCUUCCAUCCGAACAUUGGACACAGGAAGCCCUCACUUUUGCAAACAACCAAGCAAGUGCGACCAACUCCGCCGAGAAGCAUUACUGGGCCUGCCGCAACAUUCAAGCAGAGUCAUACGCCGAAGGAAAAUUCAACUCCGGCCGAGGCUCGAAUUUUCACAUUUCGUUCUCCCUCAUCGACUGGAAGAAGAGCAUCGCAGUGUCAGACGAGGAAGCCGAAGCCUUUGCUGAACAAGUCAGCCAAAUCCAACUUGUCGAGGAAGACCAAGAAGCUCCUCUGAGAGCCAAGCUCGCCCUCUUUCUUUCAGAACUGCCUCAUGAACUGGACCAGAAGGUCACAGAGAUCCUCAACACCACAAAUCCUGGUAGAGCAAUCGUUAAGUCUCCCGAAGGCAACGACUUGACUCGCAAAGACUUUGCUACCCUUCUCCAUUCCGCAAACUACCGCACCGGUGAGCCUGAAGGAUGGCUCAACGACGAGAUCAUUAACGGCUUCUUCACCGCGUUGUGCAAUGCUAUGAAUGACAAGGCUGGCCACACCAAAGGCAAGGUACCUCCAUAUGCAUCCUAUAUAACUGGAUGGUAUUCUUCAGUCACCAAGAAGGGUAUCAACGCCAUCGAAAGAUGGUCUCGACGCAAAGGUAUCAAGGGAGACAAGCUACUUCAAUGCAAGCGCAUCUUCUUCCCAGUCAAUCCCGGCAACCACUGGUCACUGCUCGUGAUUUGUCCUGACAUCCACACCAUUGAGUACCUCGACAGCUUGGACGUAGGUUAUUCAGAAGACAAUCGCAAGAGCGCCCGUUACAUCAGACUGGCCCGCCAAUGGCUCGAGAUGGAGCUUGGCGACAAAUAUGCCGCAGGCGAAUGGAAGGAACUUGACCGUCGCAGCUCAAUUCAGAACAACGGCUCGGAUUGCGGCGUGUUCACCUGCCUCAACGGCUUUGCUUCUGCUCUCGAACUCUCCAACCCUACCAAGGAGUUCGGCCCCGAGCAAAUCCCAUACGCUAGACGCGCUAUGGUCUCUCUUUUCAACCAUGGAGGUUUCAAUCAGCACUUUGAGCUUUGA